AUGUGGCAGUUGGCAUUCGGACUGCUGAGUGUCGCAUCCGGCAUUGUUGUGGAGCGCAACAUGUUCGCCUACUACAAACUGCCGUUGCGUCUGCUCCACGCUAACGAGUCCACUUCCGGUCUGUACUAUGUGCUGCAGUGCCCGCCCAAGCUGGACCAGGGCAUACCCAAGCCCAGAGACAUGCCAACCUGCAGUGUGGUGGAUCAGUACAGGCACGAGACCAGACCCAAAUCCAGGAAGUUGCAGCCUGCUGGCACCAUGCUCCAGCCUCUGCCCCCAACAACUGUUAAACGCUCGCGUUGGGGCUGGCGCCAGCGUCGCAGCAAGCGACAUAACCAGGACCAGGAUAAGGCAACAGCGCUGCAGCAUCUCGGCCAGCCGCAUCGACGGCAAACCCUGCUCAAGCUGGCCGCCGAUUAUCGGAAUUUCAGGCGCGGCAACAGCUCCAAGGGCUACCAGCACAUGUAUCACCGCGAUGAGAGCUACAACGAUCACAUCUUCUACGAUGAGCUUCAAUUGGAUGGCAAAUUCCACAAGCAGGGCCAAGGAAAGACUGCGAACUGAAGGAAUAGACGUCCAGUGGACAAUCUGAAUACCAAUAACAAAUUCUUAAGGUACU